UAAUCCUACUUUAUCACAGCCGAUGGAAAACUCUGUUUUCGAUGUUAUUUAUGCGGUUGCUCGGAAACGUUCGACCGUUCAUCGCGUCACCAAGUGAUUGUGCCAUACAAUCUCUCUUUUAAUUUAGUCGCAUCAUCCUCGUGGCCGAAAAGCCGCUCUCACGUCGACGCGACAGUUGACAAUUCCCGUGAAAAAACAGCAACAUUUUAUUGUCGAGAAAAAUGAAUUUUUUGAAGUUCAUUCAAAAGGAAUUGAUGCAUCAUCAGAGGAAAGUUCCAUCGUCAAAGACACAGGUGAAGCCAUUCGACGUUGAAACUAUGCUGGAAGAAGUGAAACGAGCUAAAAAAACUCGAGUGAAAAAGUUUCACGGCCCAGACUCGUUACUGUACUCGGCGAUUUACCCGGUAGUUUUCACAAUGAAAGUGUUUGGUUUAGCACCUUACGAUUUCACGGCCGAUCAGUUAACUCCUUCGAAUUGCUGUCUCGUAUUUACCUUCGCUUUUAUGGCUAUUUAUUGUCACAUUAUAUACAUCGUUUACCUAAGAUUCAUUUCGUUGCACAGAGACAGAGCGAUUCUUACCGUGGUCGAAACUACUAAGGUAACAGUCAACUAUCUCGUCGCUAUGUACGAUCUCGUUUUGACGAUAUUCACGAGGAAAGCGUUCAGCCGAAUUUGGAAUGCCCAACAGGAUUUCGACGAGAGACUCAGCCAACUAGGCUAUCCGCGCGAAGAGGCGAAAACCAAGAUAGCCACGUGGAUUUUUCUCUUCAGUCAAAUUAUUGUCUGGACGGCCGUUAAUCAAACUGGAAUGUAUGCCUUUGACGAAACUUGGUUGUUUAAUACGAGCUAUAUGUGUCUUUACGUCGGCACCGCGGCAUCCGCCUACAAGUUCUUCGGAAUGGUGAGUUUCCUUGGUCAACGGUUUCACCAGUUGAACAAGAUCGCCAAAGAGAAUUUACCCCCAAGAGUCGGAUACAAAAGUAGCAGAGUCAGCAGAAAGACUAUCCAGGAGUUGUACAACGACUUGAUGCUAUCGAGCGAGGCGCUAGGUUCCAUUUACUCGUGGUCGCUAUUCUUCUGGCUUGCAAAUUUGAGUAUACACACCAUCAGCAAUCUGUACUUCAUCAUUGAUUGGGUCAUCUUGAACUGGACCAGCAUGAGUUGGCUUUUGAUAUCCAACAUGUGGUGUUGGCUGGUCGGAUUUAUAAUGCAGCUUUUGGCCCUUCACAUUGCCUGUGACUAUACGACAACCGAGGCUAAUUUCAUGCCUGUGAUCCUUAUUGAUUGGGACGCAAGAAUAGUCAGAAGAUUUCCAUAUGAUGAUAGCUUUCGUACGCUGCACUUUCUGAAUAGACGACUUCGUUUUUCCGCCGGUGGUUUCUUCGACAUCAAAUUGUCAUUGCUCACUUCGAUUCUUGGAAUGAUGUCGACAUAUCUAAUAAUCCUUUUGCAAUUUUCCUCAACUUGAACUCGAGG